UGACAGGAAGUGACGUCAUUUCGCACAUGCGCGGAACCGAUCGUGUUGUUGUACGGAUAGAGUAGCGACAGUGUCCUUCCGGAUGGAUACAUUGUGGUUAAGAGGACGGUGCAUGUCGUAGGUCGCUCUGGACGAUAAAGGUGAGUUCAGUGGGAAUUAUACACGGUGUGAAAUCAGUAGACGGUAUGUCCGGGCGCGCGAGAGGAAAAUCACGUGGCAGAGAGACUGGGGCCCGAGGCGAGCAACCACCUCUGCCUCAGAAGGAAGCUCAAGCCGUGUGGCCACCACCGCCUGAGAGAGAGCUCCAAGGGAGGGGAAGACAGAAAUCUGCCCCCGUGGUGGCGGCAGAAGGAGAAAAGCCAUAUCACUGCUCAGAGUGUGGGAAGAGUUUUAUGACACAAAGUAAACUCCAAAUACACCAGCGCAUUCAUACAGGAGUGAGGCCGUAUCACUGCUCGGAGUGUGGGAAUAGUUUUAUGCGGCAGAGUAGCCUCCAAAGACACCAGCGCAUUCAUACAGGAGUGAGACCGUAUUACUGCUCGGAGUGUGGGAAGAGUUUUAUUACACAAAGUGAUCUCCAAAUACACCAGCGCAUUCAUACAGGAGUGAGGCCGUAUCACUGCUCGGAGUGUGGGAAGAGUUUUAUUACACAAACUGAUCUCCAAAGACACCAGCGCAUUCAUACAGGAGUGAGACCGUAUCACUGCUCAGAGUGUGGGAAGAGUUUUAUUACACAAAGUAAACUCCAAAGACACCAGCGCAUUCAUACAGGAGUGAGACCGUAUUACUGCUCGGAGUGUGGGAAAAGUUUUAUUACACAAAGUAAACUCCAAAGACACCAGCGCAUUCAUACAGGAGUGAGACCGUAUCACUGCUCGGAGUGUGGGAAGAGUUUUACGCGGCAGAGUAGUCUCCAAACACACCAGCGCAUUCAUACAGGAGUGAGACCGUAUCACUGCUCGGAGUGUGGGAAGAGUUUUAUUACACAAAGUAAACUCCAAAGACACCAGCGCAUUCAUACAGGAGUGAGACCGUAUCACUGCUCGGAGUGUGGGAAGAGUUUUACGCGGCAGAGUAGUCUCCAAACACACCAGCGCAUUCAUACAGGAGUGAGACUGUAUCACUGCUCGGAGUGUGAGAAGAGUUUUAUUACACAAAGUAAACUCCAAAUACACCAGCACAUUCAUACAGGAGUGAGGCCAUAUCACUGCUCGGAGUGUGGGACGAGUUUUACGCAGCAGAGUAGUCUCCAAACACACCAGCGCAUUCAUACAGGAGUGAGACCGUAUCACUGCUCGGAGUGUGGGAAGAGUUUUACACGGCAGAAUAGUCUCCAAACACACCAGCGCAUUCAUACAGGAGUGAGGCCGUAUCACUGCUCGGAGUGUGGGAAGAGUUUUAUUACACAAAGUAAACUCCAAAGACACCAGCGCAUUCAUACAGGAGUGAGACCGUAUCACUGCUCGGAGUGUGGGAAGAGUUUUACGCAGCAGAGUUGUCUCCAAAGACACCAGCGCAUUCAUACAGGAGUGAGACCGUAUUACUGCUCGGAGUGUGGGAAGAGUUUUACACGGCAGAGUAAUCUCCAAAGACACCAGCACAUUCAUACAGGAGUGAGGCCAUAUCACUGCUCGGAGUGUGGGAAGAGUUUUACGCAGCAUAGUAAACUCCAAACACACCAGCGCAUUCAUACAGCACAUACAAAAGAUUGACCUUUUCCUGUCUUUGGAAUAUUUUAUUUAUAAAUACAAUAUUUAAAAGAAAAAUGUGUUGCUAAUAAAUGUAUUACCUUCUUUUCAGAUAAGUUUUUAAAAUAAAUAAAAAGGUCUGUGUCAUGUGUGUUUUUUACAUUAAACCAUAAAUAUUUUAAGCUCAUUUUGGGGUCAUUUGGUCAGAGAUUCUACACAGACAUUAUCAUUGGUAGGACUACAGUCAUUAUCGCCUGUAGUUUUUUGUCCUACCCGUUUUCAUAAAUUCCCAAAUUCUGUGCAAUGUAUUGGAUGCUAAAUGUACUGUCCAAUCAUCGUGGGGAUAUAAGAUCGUUUUAAACAAUCCGAACGAAGGAAGGCGGGAUUAGUCUGAAUACGGGUGGGAAAACAAACAUAAGAGUAACCGCGAGCACAAACACAGCAAUGCCAACCUAGCCUAAGUUGAUGCAGCUCUUCACGUCCGCGCUUUUUUGUUGUUUUUCUCGGCAAUAUGGGGGUUCCAAAAUUUUACAGAUGGACAUCCGAGCGAUAUCCGUGUUUGAGCGAAGCUGUGAAGGAGCACCAGGUGUUUUCAUAUUAAAAUAUAUAGUCAGGUGUUCAUUUAACUGGGAGCAAAAUAGUCAGAUAUUUUCCACUACCUCGACUUUCGCAUCAUCAAGCCCAGGAAGGUGUUCUUCAUGGCCGUGGAUGGUGUCACACUCAGGGCCAAAAUGAACCAACAGCGUGGCAGAAGGUUCAGAUCAGCAAAAGAAGCGGAGGAAAAAAUAAAGAAGGCUGUGGGGAAGGGCGAGGAUUUACCCGCAGUGACCCGAUUCGACUCCAACUGCAUCACACCCGCACUAGACAGCAUGCUUGAUGGACAGAUAGAGGGAGAGAGAGACAGACACGGAGACACAGAGAGACAGACAGAGAGAGAGUACGGAGUUCAUGACUCGGCUUCACAAACAUCUGAAAUACUUUGUGCAGAAAAAGCUGUCCACAGACCGACUGAGUGAGAGUGUAUCUGUCUGGGCACGAGAGCCCGCCUGGUCACUCCUUGGAUAAAAGAAAACAAGACCCACAAAGCCGUGAUCACGAAUUUGUCCCCUCAGUUUAUAAACCGUACUCACGGAUUAUUAAACUGUUCCCUCAGUUUUACAAAGCGUGCACAUGAGGAAACAAUCCGUGCUCUCAGAUUUGUAAACUGUACUCUCAGGUUUUGUAAUCCGUACCAACAAAUUCAUAAACCGUGCGCACACUUUCGCAAUCUGUACCCAUGGUUGUGCAGAGGGUACUCACUGAUUUGUAGGCCCUCCCUCAUUUUAGACACCUGAAGUCCACAAGCACAACAACAGCUCCACAAACAACGUGUUUAAACUUAAUUUUUUUUUUUAUAUGAUAGAGGGUUGGAUGACCGUACUUCAAGAGGAGAAGGAAAUACACAGAAAGGGUCACAGAACAUGAGAGAAAAACACUUGAGCCUUCUUUGUCCAGCAAAACAACAACAUUCCCCUCUGAUAGACAAAGAGCUUUAUACUCGUCACUUUUCCACAUACAUGGUGUAACAAAUCAUUCAGUAUCAUUCAUUAUUUCCACACAAUGUUUUACUCACAUCAAGAAUCUUUCAUUUCUACAAGUGAAGCUGAAUUCAAUCCGAUCAUGAAGCUGAACAGUGAAGGUAAAGCUGCACUGAUCCAAUAAAUAACAGCCAUCAAUCUUACAGAUGUCUUGUGUAAUUUUACUUUGUGCUCUCUCUCUCUCUCUCUCUCUCUCUCUCUCUCUCUCUCUCUCUCUCUCUCUCUCUCUCUUUCUGUCAUUAGUGAGAACAUAUGGAGGUUUUGCUGAUUCUGAUGAUAAAUAUCGAAGACACUGGGAACUUGAAGGAACUUGAACAAGUCAUAAUGGCCAUUACUGUGACCCCAAAGCCUGGAGCUUCUACAAGCAACAGCCCAAAGAACAUUGGGAUCGUCAUAGAGGGCGUGAAAGUCAUCACAGAACUUGGAGAUAUUGCAAGGGCUUGCUCUGUCCUCCUUGGCUUGACCUUCGUGCUGAAUCUCGAUUAUCCCAGACAGCUGAAAUACACCUUUGAGGUGUUCCAAAAACUUUUCUUGGAACUGGAUGAUUCAAAGCUUUCAAACAAAGUCCAGUCCCUCAAGAGCAAACUUCAGGCUUGAAAUGAGACUAUAUUGCAGUGUAGACUUUUGUGCUACAGAAUGUUCAUCUUCUACAGAGCUUGAGAAUUGCACAUUUGAAAGUGCUAUAUUUGUAAUUUGGCACUGUUUUGUCCUACAAAUGUCGUGACAUUUCAGUUGUUGUACGUUCAAAGUACAAUUGUAUUUUACUCUGUUCAAUUUGCACUUUUAUUAUUUAUGUUUUGGCACAUGCCAUUAUGGAGUAUCAGCAUUUUGUCCUUUUCAAAGUUCUGCUUUGAAAUGCGUGAGCAAACUUCUGGCUUGAAAAUGAGACUGUAGUUGCAGUGUACAUGUCUUGCUACACAAUGUUUAGCUUCUACAGAGCUUGGGAAUUGCACAUCUGAAAGUGCUAUGUUUGUAAGUUAGCACUGAUUUGGACUCUUAUCCCACGAAUGUCAGUGAGAUUUCUAGUUCAAAGUAUGAACUGUUUUUUACUCCAUACAAAUUACACUUUUCUGCUUUUGUUUUGGUACAUGCCCCUUUGGAGGAUUUUUCUUUUAAUAUCAUUAUUGACUCAAUUUAGUGGAUAAGCAUGGAAUCAGGUUUAUGGACUCAUCACCAUUCUGUAUGUCAUUUAUGUUUGUUUUUAAUAGUAUUUAUAUUUGUUUUAAGAAUAGUUUAAAGUCAGCAUUCUGUCUGGUUUGAAAUGCAAAAUCCAACUUCUGGCUUGAAAUGAGACUGUGGUUGCAGUGUACAAUGAUGUGCUACAAUGUGUCUAAAGCACAAAAGUGAAUAAAAUUGUUAAUAAAAUUCUUAUUUGAGUA